GCUGACUUACAGCUCAUGUAAAGUAGUGGCGAUCCCCGAGCUUUGAUCUCUCGCUUUUGCUUUCCAGAGCAUCUCUGUCAGGAGCUGCCUAGGACGAGUUACUUUUCAGAAUCCCUGGAUUACCUUCAUUCUGGAAGCUUUGCCUUGCCGCCUUAAACCAUGGACAUCAUUGGGUUUCUGAAGUCUCAGUUCAUUUCCCACCUUCUUAUCAGUUAUAUAUUUAUAGUAUCAGGACUUAUAAUCAACUUCAUCCAGCUCUGCACACUAGUUCUCUGGCCAUUCAACAAACAACUAUUCAGGAAGAUCAAUUGCAAGCUGGCUUACUGCAUUUCUAGCCAGCUGGUGAUGUUGCUGGAAUGGUGGUCAGGCACUACUUGCACCCUCUACACUGACCCACAGAGUUACCUCAAGUACGGGAAAGAAAAUGCCAUCGUAAUCCUUAAUCACAACUUUGAAAUCGACUUUCUCUGUGGUUGGAACUUUUGUGAAAGAUUUGGGGUUUUAGGGAAUGCCAAAGUACUUGCAAAGAAGGAACUUUCCUACAUGCCAAUCAUUGGUUGGAUGUGGUAUUUCCUAGAGGUAGUUUUCUGCAAACGCAAAUGGGAGGAGGAUCGAAAAACGGUCAUGCAAGGUCUGCUUAAUCUCCGAGAUUAUCCUGAAAAUUUCUGGUUUCUGAUUCACUGUGAAGGUACAAGAUUCACAGAGCAAAAACACCAGAUCAGCAUGCAGGUGGCUGAGGCGAAAGGCCUUCCCAAGCUUAAGUAUCAUCUGCUGCCACGGACAAAGGGAUUUGCUGUCACCGUCCAGUGUUUGAGAAAUGUAGUUUCAGCUGUGUAUGAUUCCACACUGAACUUUAGAAAUAAUGAAAAUCCAACUUUGCUGGGAGUUUUAAAUGGGAAAAAGUAUCAUGCAGACUUAUAUGUAAGGAGGAUUCCAUUAGAGGAAGUCCCAGAAGAUGAGCAGUAAUGUUCUAACUGGAUUCACAAACUCUAUCAAGAGAAGGACUCCUUUCAAGAGGAAUACUACAGAACAGGGGUCUAUCCCGGCACUCCAAUAGUGCCACCUCGGCGUCCAUGGACUCUGUUGAAUUCGUUUUUCUGGACCUUAUUGCUGCUAUAUCCUUUAUUCAGACUACUGAUCGACAUGAUCAGUAGUGGCUCAUCACUGACUCUCGCUUCUUUCGCCUUUGUUUUCAUUGCAGAGAUUUCAGGAUUUGGUCAUCCCAUCCCUUUCCAUUCAGCUUCUGUUGGUGUUCGAUGGAUGAUAGGAGUUACAGAAAUUAACAACGGUUCAACUUAUGGCAACCAUGCUAACAAAGAGAAACUAAAGUGA